AUGGAGGAGGUUUAUGAUCUUGGGUCUGAGGCGGACGACGCCCUGGUAGUACAACAGAUCCUGGAAUAUCUUGUCAUGCAAUAUCUUGAAGAUCUUGACAAUGACGACCUUUAUUCUCGAAAGCACUCCAAGAGCAAUAAAGAGUCUGCUGACCAGCAUGAUACGCUAAAAGAAAUCAACGAGGAGAUAUGGAGCUCACUAAAGCGCGUGGGCAUAAUGACUGGCUUCAAUUCUCUUCCUUGUCUUGAUACCAAGCAGAAGCAAGAGGCUUUGAAGACAGCUAUGAAGUGUGGGGAGGUGAACCAGCGUUUUUUGAGUAACUUGAUACUCCGCACUUGGGAAGGAGUCAGAGACGCACGGAAGAAAUCGAAAAAGCGUCGGGAUGGAGUCAGAGAUGCACGGAAUAAACCAAAAAAGAGUCAGUUAGAGCUUGAAGUGGAUACCAGGAAGGUGGUUCUUCCUAUUACGCCUAGUUCAGAAGUCACGACAACAGAUCUUCAACCACAUACCGUGACAUUCGCCUGCCUUGAUACUCUGACAGAUAACUUGUUAAACAAGCUUGUUAUGCCCCAUUUUGUUAUACACCGUCUCAAGUCUUACCAAAACGAAAUCGAAAGUUUUGGAUCUCUACACCCUCUCAAGGACAGAAUGAUGAAAUGCAUACUUCCCGAAGUACGAGCACUAGAAGGGAAGGACGUCACGCGCCAAAUGCUGGAUGAUGUUCUAGGGUACCAGGGUCCUAUAACCAAAUGGCCUGCUAUUGGUGGAUACCUGUUGUAUAUCACCUCUAGUGAGGCCGAAGAGUUUUGGAGGCCAUAUGCUGGUCAAGGUAGCUUACUGAAACGCCGAAUUCCGCAGCAUAUUACGGAAGUUCUACACGGACGCAACAACACACUUUGUUAUUGGGUUGCUUCAAAGCCCGGGCGGCAAUUGAACUUUAUAAGGCUUUGGGAGAUUAUUGAAGAGGACGAAGACACUCGUCAGUCUAUUGAACUCCUAAACAAUCUCCUUGAGAUGGUAUUCUGUCUCGCCUUUCAAUCACUGCCACUACCAACACUUGAGCGCUUUCUUGGUGCUGGAACUGAAGGCUUUUCGCUACAAGGACUCAAUGUCAUCUCUCCACUUUUACAAAAUGUCAUUUUGACCCCAAAAGAGAGAGCGGAGUGCCGGAGUUGGCUCGCACAUUCUCCGAGUUAUGAAACUCAAGAAUUUGCAAAGGCUCGGCAAGCACAGUUACAGCAACAAAAGAGAUCAGCUCUCCAACCAUGUUCGCGAAGACCACACCCUCAGGAAAUUGAACUGGCAUGUCAUGUGGCAAUCUCGCCUCAUCUUUCAAGUCCCUUUGUCGGCGAUAACGCAAAAAUUGGAAUAUCGAACAAUUCACGACGGCCUAUUGAUCCAACAACAAUAGACUACAAAGUGGCUCGUUACCUAGACCAGCAAGGUGUUAUGGAGCAUCUACAUGCACUGCCAUUCGGUUCAAUGACAGAGGCUCACAUUGGUUUUGUGCUGGAUUUUGAUAUCUUCUCUCUCAAACACAAUAGAGAGAGUACCUUACCAGUGCAUUUUCCGUCGGCCUUGGGAUAUAUUGGUUUCCACAAGCAAAACUGCCUUGUCUGGCCGUUCAAUUUCCAGGUUCCAUACACCCCCAGAAAGUUCAAGCUAGCUGGACCUGAAGACAAAUUCCUAAGCGAGAUCAACAGCGAAAUCAUUGAUAUGUCCAAUCUUCAGGUUGUCAUUCUAUGCGGGACCAACACAGAGAGAUUGAUAGUGAUGUCUGAUCCCUCUAUCAAAAAGAUCAAAAUUGAUAUUGGGAAGGUGUCAUUAGACGCAUAUCUGCAGAUAGAACAACCGCAAUCUGUGCUUUCGCGAGUCUAUCUAAAGCUCCCCGCACCUUUGUCGGCACUUCAUUCAAGAAAAGUGCGACGAUGGCUUCCCUUGCAAUCAAAGUAG